AUGCCCGAGAAGGUCCAUACCGUCUUUGCUGAUUCAGACAAUGAAGAGGCACCAAAGGCGGUUGUCCCAGUGUCUACAAAUGCAGACAGCGGUCGCAAGAAGAAGCGAAGCAAGAAGCGGAAACGCGACGAACCGGCCGAAGCCUCUCCUCCGGCAGGCGAGCCGGCAGUGAAACCUCCCCCCGAGCCCAUUGCAGCGAAAUUGCCUAGUCCUGAAGAUUUGGCUACACCGAACAAUGAAGUCAUCGUCAAACCACGACCCCAAUGGAGACCCCAAGCCAAAUCCAACCACCUGAACGACGCCAAACACAAUUUCACGAACCUACGAGAAAAAGCCAAUGCAUUGUACGAGCUCCGACGCAAACUGCCCAUCUUCAGGCAUGCCGAUGAGAUCCGUCGAAAUCUGCGAGAGCAAGACGUGAUGCUGCUGGUGGGUGAGACAGGUAGCGGAAAAAGUACACAGAUUCCCCAGUUUCUCGUCAAUGAGUUCUGGUGUCGACCGACCACUACCGCAGUCACACAAGAAGACGGCAGAACGAAGGAGAUAACGGUCGGAGGGUGCAUUGCCAUCACGCAGCCCCGUCGAGUCGCGGCCAUCUCGCUUGCGCGGCGCGUGGCGGAGGAGAUGGGCACGCCGCUUGGGUCAUCAUCGCCUGCCAGCAAGGUUGGGUACUCGGUGCGGUUUGACACGUCGACCUCGCCGAGUACGCGGAUUAAAUUCUUGACGGAGGGAAUGCUGCUCCAGGAGAUGCUACAUGACCCAGCUCUCACUCGGUACAGCGCGAUUGUGGUCGAUGAAGUCCACGAGAGGGGCAUCAAUGUUGAUUUGGUACUUGGAUUCCUGCGCAAUCUUGUGUCCGGCAAUCUGGAGGGUCGGGGCGGGGUGCCAUUGAAAGUCGCGGUUAUGAGUGCUACGGCCGAUAUGGAAAGCUUACAGGGCUUCUUCCAGGAAGGAUAUAAACUGCAGGCUGGGGAACAGAAGGAUACGGAAAAGGACAUAUCGGUCUGCCACAUCAAGGGCCGGCAGUUCCCCGUCAAGAUGAUCUACUCGCCCGAGCCAGUGCAUGAUUUCGUCGACGCGGCGCUCAAGGUGAUCUUCCAGAUUCACUACAAAGAGCCGAUCCCCGGUGAUAUUUUGGUUUUCUUGACAGGCCAGGAAACCGUGGAGGCUUUGGAGCAUCUCAUCAAUGAAUACGCCAUCGGGAUGGACCCUUCACUCCCACGGGUUCAAGUCUUGCCGCUCUUCGCCGCGCUGCCUCAAGCUGCACAGCAACGGGUCUUCCUGCCCACGCCGCCACGCACGCGCAAGAUUGUCCUGUCGACGAACAUCGCCGAAACUUCCGUCACGGUGUCGGGGGUGCGGUAUGUGGUGGACUGCGGCAAAGCCAAAAUCAAGCAGUUCCGGACGCGCCUGGGCUUGGAUUCUCUGCUGGUCAAGCCUAUCUCCAAGUCGGCUGCUAUCCAGCGGAAAGGUCGUGCUGGCCGCGAAGCGCCGGGACAGUGUUUCCGCCUCUACACCGAAAAGGAUUACCUGGCACUAGAGGAGACGAACCCACCGGAGAUUCUGCGCUGCGAUCUCAGCCAGGCGCUGCUGAACAUGAAAGCGCGCGGCGUCGACGACAUCGUGCGGUUCCCCUUCCUCACUCGCCCGCCCCGCGAAGCACUCGAGAAAGCGCUGUUACAACUACUCAAUAUCGACGCCCUCGAAGAGUCCGGCUCGAUCAGCGCGAUCGGCCUGCACAUCGCCAAACUACCCCUCACUCCAACCCUGGGCCGGGUACUGCUGGCGGCAGCGGACAAUGGGGCCGACUGCCUGACGGACGUCAUCGACAUUAUCUCGUGCUUGAGCGUCGAAAAUAUCUUCCUCAAUACGACCUCUGAAGAAAAGAAGGAGGCGGCCGAAGCGGCGCGGCGCGACCUCUACCGGCGCGAGGGCGACCACCUCACGAUGCUGGCGACGGUCCGAGCCUACGCGGCAGAGAACGCCGACCGCAAGGCGUGGGCGGAGCGACAUUUGGUCUCGCACCGGGCGAUGCAAUCGGUGAUGGACGUCCGCAAGCAACUCCGGAUGCAAUGCCGCCAAGCCAAACUACUCCCCAGCGACGCCAUCGACGACUCGCCGUCGCGCGACCCAUCGCCCGUUUUGAUCCUCCAGAGCUUCCUGUGCGGGUUCGCAGCCAACACUGCCCGGCUGGUGCCCGAUGGCAGCUACCGCACGGUGGUGGGGAACCAGACGGUAGCAAUCCACCCGUCCAGCGUGCUGUUUGGCAAGAAGGUCGAGGCGAUCAUGUACAACGAGUUUGUGUUUACGAACCGAAGCUAUGCGCGAGGGGUGAGUGCGGUGCAGAUGGACUGGGUUGGAGAGGCGCUGGCGGGGAAGUAG